AUGGGAGGGCCUGACCUUCACCGAGAUGGAGGCUCGCUUCCCGGAGCGCUACGCAGCGCUGUUCUCCGGGGACGACACCAGCGCGGCGCCGGGAGGCGAGAGCGAACGGCAACUGUACGAGCGCGUGGCCGCCGGCGUGGACCGCCUGCUGGAGGCGCACAGCGGCGACGACGGCAACCUGCUGAUGGUCGCGCACGGCGGCUCGCUGUGCGCGGCGAUCGUGCGCCUGCUGGCGCUGCCGUCCGGCAGCAUGGAGCGCUUCUCAUCGGGCAACUGCGGACUGUCCAUCGUCACCGUGUACGAAGGCGGCUUCGCGGCGCUCGACCUGCUGAACGACAGGAACCACCUGGAGUCCGAGCCGUGAGCGGCGAACUCGUCCUGCUGCUCGGCGGCGCGCGCUCCGGCAAGAGCGCCGCGGCGGAACGGCUCGCGCAGGCCGGCCGGCGGGUCCUGUUCAUCGCCACGGCGGAGGCGCUGGACGAGGACAUGCGCCGUCGCAUCGCCGCCCACCGCGAACGGCGGCCGAGCGGGUGGGACACCCUGGAGGAGCCGCUCGACCCGGCCGGCAGGGCCGGACCGAUCGUGAGCCGCUACGACACGGUGGUGCUGGACUGCCUGACACCCUGUGGCGUCAGCAACCUGCUCCUGCGCCACGAGGACGACCCCGCGCGCCGAGGCGGGCUGCUGGACCUGAUCGAGCGCUCCGCGGCGACCUGGAUCCUGAUCAGCAACGAGGUGGGCCUGGGCGUGGUGCCCGUCGCCGCUCGGGCGGCGUACCGCGACGCGCUCGGCCGCGUGAACCAGCUCGCCGCCGCGCGCCGGCCGCGUCUACCUCAUGGUCGCCGGGCUCGCCCUGGAGCUGAAGGCCCUGAACACGGCAUGCCGCUCACGCAGUUGGGCCGGUAG